AUGAAAUUGCCCAAGCAAGCCCGCGGCGUCCUCAAGGCCUUGCGCUCAAAACAAUCCGAAAUCCCGAACUCGAAGGUCAAGUCUACCGACCCCCCUCCAGAGACUCUAGACAAGACGUUUGUAGUUCCUUCCAUUCGCGAACCUCUUCUCCAGGAGCAGGAACAGUUGAAAGCAUUCGAGUCUGUACCUGCAUCCGCAUCCGUAUCACCUACGCGUCGUCUGAGUGAGCCACAUGCACCGCGGCCCGUUGCAUGGAAGUCUACUGGUACCAUCCUAGGCAAAAGAUCCAGACACGACAUGGGUAACACGACUAUCGCUGUACAUGAGGAUGAGGAUGCCACUUCUCAUGCCUCUGCUGCUCCUUCCAGAACAAUGGCUCAUUUAGAAUCAGACGAUGAAGGCUCCCUCGCAGACUCAGUUUCGGGCAAUUCAGAAGAUAGCGACGACGAUAUUGACGACACGGUCAUGGAGGAUAUGCGCAAGCUUGAGGAGAACUUCAAAGGCAUUUCUCAGAAAUAUCGACUUAUCAAUCGCAUUGGUGAAGGUACAUUCUCUACCGUCUACAAAGCCGAACAACUCCAACAGCCCGAUGAGAUGGACCAAGAUGAGGAAGACGUUGAAAGAUAUAUCGAUAUAGAGCGACCUUCUAAGAGAGCAAAGACCACUUCUGCAAGGUCACGUUUCAGACCACGCAUAGUUGCAUUGAAAAAGAUCUAUGUCACUUCUUCGCCUCAUCGCAUCCUCAACGAGUUGGAACUACUCCACGAGCUUCGAGACUCACCCUACAUCUGCCCACUGCUGACCGCCUUUCGACAUCUCGACCAAGUCGUUGCUGUCUUACCCUACUUUAGGCAUCUCGAUUUUCGACUGUACUACCGUGAGUUUCUGGUCAAUGAUAUGCGACACUACUUUCGAAGCCUCUUUCAUGCAUUGAGUCAUGUUCAUAGGGCAGGUAUUCUCCACCGUGACAUCAAACCUACCAAUUUUCUUUAUGAUCAUUCCCAGAGAAAAGGUGUCCUGGUCGACUUUGGCUUGGCUGAGAGACAAGGUACCGAUUGGCAACCAUGCUUAUGCAUGGAGUCCAGGGAGAAGCGGAAAGAUAAAUUCUUGAAUUCUUAUGCAGUUCAAGUUUUACAGUCACAGGCAGACUUGAUUUCCACUGGCUAUCCCAAAUCAGAUACUCGCCCAUCGCGAAGAGCAAACCGAGCUGGCACACGAGGCUUCCGAGCUCCUGAGGUACUUUUGAAAUGCACAUCACAAACAACACGCAUCGACAUUUGGUCAGCGGGUGUCAUUCUUCUCACGUUACUAGCACGGCGGUUCCCCUUUUUCAACAGCGCAGAUGAUGUCGAUGCCAUGAUCGAAAUGGCAUCUAUCUUCGGAAGGAAAAAGAUGCAGGCGGCUGCGGCCAUGCACGGGCAACUGUUCGAGACCAAUAUCGAGACCAUUGGGGAGAGGGGCUUCACACUUGAAAAGAUCAUUAUCUGGGCCAGUUGUCGAGAGAAGGAGAAUGACACGUUAAGAGCAGGAGAAGCCCAAGCAGUCAAUUUUCUACAAGGUCUGUUGGAGUUGGACGCUGGAAAGAGAUGGAGCGCGAAAGAAGCACUUCAACACGAGUUCUUCACAGCACCUGUCGAGGAUGAGGAUGAAAGAGCAGAGAGAGAAGCUGUGGAGAUGAAUGAGGAAGCGCAGAGAGCAAGACGGUAA